AAAGAAGCAAAAAAUUAAUAAUUUUUUAUAGGAAAUGUACCAAAUGUGCUGAAAAUAAAUUAAUAAUAGCUUAGUUAUAUGUAAGGGAAAAAAAUGGUGGAUGAGGGGACAGGGGAAUUAUCCCGGAAUUGAGUUGAAGAAAUGAGAAGUAAAACCUAAAAUGAAAGUGAAAGCAGACGAUUAAAUUCCACUGAACCCUAACUUGUUUGCUAAUUCGGAUUCCACCUUCAAAUCAAAAAUCGCAGAAAGUCAAAUCAUCAACGAUGGCGGCUCGAUCUUCAUCUUCUUCUUCAUAUUCUUCUUCUUCUCAAGGAACAAUUAACAUCUCCGCUACUACUGAGAAGGUCCUUGUUGAUAAUCGGAUUACUCUUUCCUACUACUACCGCAUCGCCCAUAAUAUUCUCAAGAAGGCUGACAUCUUUCGUGAAGAAAAUAAUAUCAUUGAUUUGUAUGUCAUGCUCUUGCGGUUUUCAAGUUUGGUGACUGAGACAAUACCUUGCCAUCGUGACUAUAAGACAUCUCCACAAGGAAAUAAACUUUCUCUCAAAAGGAAAUUAAUAACUGCACUGACUGAGCUUGAGGAACUGAAACCAGCUGUCCAAGAAAAACUUCAGGAGUUGCACAUUAAACAAACAUAUCAACUAAAUAAGCAGAAAAAUCCUCGUCAAGAUGACUCGCUGGAUUCUUCAGUUGCAUGGCCUGCAAUCAAACAAAACUUCAAUGGUUACAGUACAAAUAAGAGACAACAACCUGUUACUAGCAAAUUAGGAUAUCAAGGUCCGAAAGCUGUAGAAGAGAAUCUUCGCAGAAUAUCAUUAAGUAUUCCCCGCCCAACAGAGGAAACUCUUUCUAAACAUUCUAUUUUGGGCCCAAAUGGGCUUCGUGGGCAAUGGCAACCUCCUAGUAAUUAUAAGGUUCAGUAUCCAAGCAGUGUAGACUUCACUCCUCUUCAGAUCCCAAGGGUUAGCGACACUCAGCAAUGUAUCAAAGAUGGGACAACGGAGAGAGAUGAUGAAAGCAGACCUGAACAAGAAAGAUCAAAUUUGGAAUCUGUAGUUCAGCCAAAAAAUAAUAAGCCCCUGAUUCAAGAAUCUGAUUCUCUAAUUUCUUUUGAAGAUGAAGAAAGUUCUUUAGAAACCAAUAUUAUUAGACAACCUUCUCCCCCUCCUGUUCUAGCAGAUGUACAAGAUUUGAUCCCGUCUGAUGCUCGAACAGAAUGUGGGAUGGACGAUGCUUCCAAUGAUGCUUUAGUAUGCUACGAAGAUCCCCUGCAGUUGCAUUUACCAACCAAAUUGAUGGACAGUUUUAUGAAGAUAGCUAAGCCAAACACAAAUAAAAACUUAGAAACAUGUGGCGUCCUUGCGGGUUCACUUAAAAACCGAAAAUAUUACAUCACGGCUCUCAUUAUUCCAAAGCAAGAAUCAACACCAGAUUCGUGCCAAACGACUAAUGAGGAAGAAAUAUUUGAAGUGCAAGACAAGCAGUGUCUAUUUCCUCUAGGAUGGAUUCAUACGCAUCCUACGCAAUCUUGUUUCAUGUCAUCAAUUGAUGUACACACGCACUAUUGUUAUCAGAUAAUGUUGCCAGAAUCUAUUGCCAUUGUCAUGGCACCGCGAGACAAUUCAAGAAAGCACGGGAUUUUCCGGUUGACUUCAGGUGGAAUGACAGUCAUUAGGCACUGCCCAAAGCGCGGGUUUCAUUCCCAUGACCCUCCUUCUAAUGGAGAUCCAAUAUACAGACAUUGUACAGAUGUCUAUAUGAAUUCUACUUUAAAUUUUGAUGUCAUUGAUCUACGUUAGAUAUUUUACUAUUCAUCAUCAAAUAUAAAUGAAGUCAUUUUCUGUGUGCUGAAAGAUGUAAAUCUUCAACCUCCAAUCCAUUUUUUAUGUAAAUUUCUGGUAUUACAUUCACGAUCAGUGUAUAAUAGAUUCUUUUACAACAUGAUCCCUAAAAUGUAUGCUUAAUUACAUUUGAAAUAGCAAUCUAUGAGAUUACAAUGUUUAUAGAGCAAA